AAACAAAUAUUGUAUUAAUGCUACGUUAAAGGAAUUCAUUUUUUUUUCAAGGAAUAACUAAAAAAUUUCGAAAAGAAAAAAAAAAUUGAACAAUACUUCCUCCAUCCAAUCACCAAUUGCCACGUCGAUCAUAAAAUAGUUCGACCUAAUACGUGAGCAAACGGAACGUGCGUACCACUGUACCCGAAGAGAAAAAGGAGUCUGCAUGUCGGGUCAACCCGCCCCUCUAUAUAAGGAAAUUAUUUCACCAACCCUUUUUUAUCUCAGGAAAAUAUCUCUUUCUCAGGAAACGAAAGCACCGAAAUCAAACACGCCAUUCACUGCCGGAUUUACGGAAGAUUUCAAUUAAGCAGCAUGAAGAAGCGCCACCUCCUCCCGGAGCAACCGUGGCUCCUCGGCGGAGCUCUGGCAGGCCUCUUUGCCGGCGCCGUUCUCAUCGGCGCCUUCCUCCGAUCCACUGACACCCCCCUCUUCCGCUCAACUGUCGUAGCUGCCCACGGCGGCGCAGGAGGAGCUGUCGCCUACUCCUCCGCCGAGUCGGUCGAACUCGUCGCCGCCAUCCUCCACUACGCUACCUCCCGCGACGUCCCGCAGCAGAGCUUCCAGGAGAUCACCGUCACCUACGACGUCCUCCGGGCCCAUCGCCGCUGCAACUUCCUCGUCUUCGGGUUGGGCCGCGACUCCCUAAUGUGGGCCUCCUUCAAUCCACGUGGCACCACGCUAUUCCUCGAGGAGGACCCCAAGUGGGUCCAGUCCGUACUCAAAGAUUCCCCUACGCAGCUCCGAGCGCACACCGUCCGGUACGCCACCAAGCUCUCCGAAGCCGACGCACUCCUCGGCGCGUACCGCUCGGAACCGGCGUGCUCGGCGGCGAAAGCGUACCUCAAGGGGAACGCCCGGUGCAGGUUAGCGCUGAGCGAGCUGCCGGAUGAGGUGUACGACACGGAAUGGGACCUGAUAAUGAUAGACGCGCCGAGAGGAUACUUCCCGGAGGCGCCGGGGAGAAUGGGGGCGAUCUACUCGGCGGCGGUGAUGGCGAGGGCGAGGAAGGGAUCCGGCGUGACGCACGUGUUCCUGCACGAUGUCGAUCGGAGGGUGGAGAAGGUGUACGCGGAGGAGUUCUUGUGUCGGAAAUACCUGGUGGGGGCCGUUGGGAGGCUGUGGCACUUCCGAAUACCCCCAGCCGCCUCUAAUAGCAGCGAUGCUGUGUUUUGCUAGAUGAGUGCUGGUUUUCCGGCGGUGAACCGUUGAGGGGGAGGAUCGGUGCAUUCAGCGGGGAGAUCGUCAUCGUUGAUUUGAUGAAUUUCGAGCGCUUUGGGUAAAUCAGGACCGUUCAUUUUAUGAACUCCAGAUGAGUUUCGGUAUCUCAAGUAUAGCAAUGGUGUUUUCUCAUGGUGACGGGCAGUGAUGAUAAUUUUCGCCUUUUUUUUUUUUUUUAAAGAAGAACUAGAGAACAGACAUUACCAUUUGCAAUUUGUUAUUGUUAAAAUGACAAAUCAAUUUUCUAUUUCGUAAACUCCACCAAAAAUAAAAGGGGCAAAAAGAAAGUAAAAACAAUGUCGGCAGAAAAUGGAUGCGAGAGAGUUGAAGAGGUGGAAAGGACAAGGGAUGAGUUGGCGCUUGCCAAGCCAAGCCAGUCAUUCGCUCAAUUCUUCAUAUCAGGCCAUGUGUCGGGGAUCGGUUUAAACACAGAUCGAUCUCCAGGGACUCGAACCGACGACGAUCCUCCUCCAACCUCAUCAGCACUUGCCACUGCUCCGUGUGGGCUUGCGCACAUUUAGUAUGUCUAGAUGUAGAUUAGUUUUUAAUGAGAGUCAUUAGUCUUUCUUAUGUAGUUCUCUGGUAACAUUUUAAUAGCCCAACAUUUUCUUUUCAAA